UGUGCAAUAUGGAAAACCCACCAGCCUUUAUUGAGAAUGCUCUUCAUCAACACUUUGUUGGGCUCUUCAAGCUUGACUUGUCAUCACCAAACUCACACAUCAAGCCCCAUGCCAGCCAGAGGCAAUUAGAGCCAACACACAUUGACAGGCUCUACAAGAGCUUCAAGGCAGGCAUCAAUAGAAUGUCUGCCCCACCAAUCUUGGCAAUCCUUGGUGAUUCUAUCCAACCCUCAUUAAUCACCAAUCCUAGCUCCCCAGAUGAUUUCCCCAAGGAGAUCAAUCUCUUCAUCUUCUCUGGUCAACACCGUGUCAAGGCACUUGAAAAAUUGGCUCAAGAUGCUGAUCAGCAGGACAAUGCUUGGUGGCUUGUCAAAGUCUACAAUUCAGAACUCGAGAGGAACCUCCCUUUCCUUUUUGAGGUGUUGGUCAUCAAAGAGAAUGAACAAGCCCCAGACAUCACUCGGGGGGUACAUUCCAUUGAUCUUUUCCAUAUUUGCCAGAGGCUUGCCAAGGAACAAGGACAGGUGACUCUCCGGGCACUCAAGGGGGCUAAUUACAAUCAAAAGAAAGGGAAGCCCUCAUCCACAAUGGAUGGUGUGAAUCCUUCAACAGGAGACAGUGCAAAAGUAGACACUGUCAAACCUGUGGAUAUUGUCCCUUCAUUUGUCCUUGGAUUCUUAACUUGUAUAGAUUAUCCAAUUGUUUUAGAAGGACUGGAGAAAGUUAUGGAGAUACCUCUAUGUCGUGCUGUACUGAAUGAAGUCCAUCAAAUUUGGAUCCGGUUGCUGGCAGAUGAAGGCAAUCAUCAUAUAAUGGCCUUGAAAUUGGAGGGUUCCCCAACCGGAAGAAAACUCCCAUCAAAGAAACCUUUCAAAACCUUGAAUAAGCAGUGGAAUCUCAAUACAUUGGAGAUUGAGCAAGGUCCCAAAGGGCUACCAUAUCUCAGCCAAGGCCCAUCAGGCCAACCAGAAUGGGUGUUUGGAGAUAAUAUACCAUUCCCAUCUUGGGUCAGUGGAAGUGGCCUUGAAGAGAUAAUAAGACGUGCCAGUAGGAUGGCAGAUGCGGCAAAAUGUGUCAUUGGAUGGGAUGUCUACAAUGUUGACACUGACCUCAAACAACGUGAGGAUUUUUUACGGUCCAUGGGAGACAAUAGAGAGAAGUUUGAACUUGACUGCUAUCGAUAUUCAGACCUCAUCAAGCCAAACACUGACCUCAAGUCAGCUUUGACAAAGGUUGAAAGGGAUCCUCAUUUUCACCAAUUCAUGGAAUGCUGUCCUCUGCCAAGGGCAAAAAAGUGGCUACAGAUAAAUCAAAGCUUGGUGGUGAAUUCCUUUGAGAGACAGGACAUCCCACAUAUCCUUGCUCAAGAUACACGUGCUAAGAAAGAUGACAACUCAAGUCCAUAUGGUGCCAACCCCACAGAUCAGCCCACCACAAGUACCAAAGGUGCUCUUGGUCUUCCAGAAGGUUUUGACAUUACUCCUAUCAUUGUCAAUCCUCUGAAGACAAAUUCCACAGAUCCAGUGGCCUCUUUCUCAAAAGAGAGAUCUGGUGGGAUAAAGGAGAGGGGGGCCCUUGAGACUUAUAUAACAAAGUCUACCCAUAAGGCUGCCUUGAAGUCGAUACAAAGUAGAAGGCACCACCGGGGCUCUCAGUCAGACUUCUCUCUCCAUUCUGAUUCACAAUCAAGAGUAUCUCUCACAGAAUUGGAGAACACCCUGGAAGAUUGUGAUCCACAGAUACAAUUUAUGAUGUUCAAUCUUGUUCAUCAGAUGAUACAACUUAGCCCUACAAACCUAAGGAAGCACCUGAGUGAAGUAGACAUCCUUGGGUCUAACAGGGGUGAACACCCACCUAUUGAUUCCAAUUUAUCUAGGAUUGAGAGGAAGAGGAAGAGAUCCCCUGAGGAAAGUGAAGAAGAUCCUACCUAUGAGGAAUGA